CAAAAAAAAAAAGAAAACACGGGAUUAACUUUGACGAAUUUUUUUUAGGGUAGUUGCUCACUGUUUCGUUGGAAGGGGUUUUGCUUCGUCACGCGAUCCAGUAACAUUUCUUCGAAAUGCGUUUCAUCUUGGCUCGUUCUAUUAAAAAAAAAAAAAAAAAAAAAAAAUGCAACGCACAGUGGUUAUUUAUAAACCAUAGGUACAUAGACGUUCUAUUUUCCCGUGCCGCUUUCAAAGAAGCCCGGUCCCAAGGAUAUCGUACGCUCCGCUACCUAAGGAAAACGUGUCACAUGGGGUUGAAAGUGCAUGCUCGAGAAUUAUUGGCGAUUAUACAUACAUGGAAAGGAGACACAUCGGUGGCCAGCUACCUGGGACUCGAAGUUUAGGAGGAGAGGAUGACGCGUGCCGUCGAAAGAGGAAGGGAGAAGGAGGAGGAACAAUUAAUAAAUAGUUGAGGAGGGAAGUUGGAAGUGGGUGAGUGGAAAUUUUCUCUUCGUGGAAACUGGAGGAAUAUGGGGCGGCCAAAGAUCGGCCCCGUUAUUUGUCGCGAAAAUUUUCCUCUUGUCAGAUCUCUGUGAUACUUUUUUUUAGAAGAGCCCUGAACGUUCGCUAAUCCACGAAUUUUAACAUAAAGUUGUUUCAACGUAAACUUUUUUUUUUCAUUCGACAAGUAUUUCUAAAUUAAGAAAAGCUAAAAUUAUCUAUCCACGACGGAAUAAGAAACUCUCUCUCUCUCGUUCUUGAUUUAUAAUAAAAAAACUCUAAUAACAAGAGAAUAUCAGAGAAAGAGCUAAUAGACUCAGAGUUAUGAUGCAAUAGGAUUUAAAGAUAGGAUAACUGACCGUUCAUCGAGGAAAUAAUAACCUAUCUCAAGAUAAUUGUCUUCCAUUGAUAUAAGAUAAAUUUUUCUUCUCUCGUUUAAAAAAAAAAAAGAGAUUCAACGAUAAAGUAUAUUUAAAAGGAGAGAGGACCUUAAAAACUUAGAAUUAUAUUACAAGCGGAUGAUAUUAAAGGGAGAAUAAGUGGAUCUUUAAGCAAAUCCACGAAGGAAGUCUUUAUGAAACAGCUGACUCGUUGUAAAACUACCAGUCAGCAGAGUCCAGACGUAGCGAAGAACAUCAUCCCCUUUAGAAGGGCUCCAGACAGACGAACCCUCCAGGCAACAGCCCUCUGUCCCCUCCCCCUCACCGGCGACCGUCCCAUCGCCAUAGCAACCCCUUGGAUCCAGCAACCAGCCUAACCAACCGAUUUGCCCACCCUCUCAGUCCUGUUCGUUGUUCGAACAUUUACAUCAAACACGCCGUUUCUCUUUUUUCCCCUUUCUCUCUCUCUCUUUUUUUACGCACUCAAAAUCAGGCAAUCCUUUGUCUCCCCGUUGUGUGUGAUACAAUCCCGCGUGCACGGGGGGACGGGGGUGGAGUGCCUUUGCAUCGCCGAUUCCAAUUUACCUUCCAUUUUUGCGAUUGGGUUCGAUGUUACGUACGGAUCGUUGCGUACCGCCACGUUGUAAUUGCAAAGUUUCCGUUUCGGAGGAACUGCUCGGAUCAAUCGCGAAGAAAGUUUAGACACUCCUCCCGUUGUGUUGCCUCGUAUCAGAGGCGAUUCUGUGAAUCUGUUGUUAUCGCGAAAAACGCUAUAUCACUUCCGUUUUCUUUUGAACGAAGCGAAGCUUCAAAGCUUUAAAUUCUAUCUCUACACAAAUAAAUAACUUGACCAUUUUUGUUGUUGCCAAAAUUUUUUGGACGGAAUCUCAAUUUUCAACUUGAUAUUAAAUUUCGAUUCCAAGAAACUUUAUCGAUUUUACCACUGUAAAAUACUUCGUUGCUCAUUAUUUCUACUUCUUUUUAUCAGUUUAGAAGGAGGGGAUGGAGGAAAGUAGUCGGAUAGGAUGCUCGUUUCGUAGACGCACUUAACCCGAGCGUAAAAUCACAUGGCCAGGAUAAAAGAUCCCUAUUCGAGGGGGCCGAUUACGAUAGAAAUCGUCGCUUCGAGGAACGAGGCAUGCCGUUUUCGCAACGUGAACUCGCGCGAUAGAUUCAGCGAGCCGAAUGAUGACAGCGCAAUCUUCGAAAUUGCCGCCACUUUUUUUCGCCUACGUCACGGAUCCGUUCUUUUCUUCUUAAAACGACCGAUCAUCGUCGACAUACCGCCAGUCGAGCAUCAUCGUCGAUUCGCAACAAAAAACAAUAAGCCACGAGAACGAAUUUUUAAAAAAAAUAAUUUAUCGAGCAGAGAGAGAGAAAAAAAUUCAAGUGAGAAGAGAAAUGUUCACCUUUCUCGCGAGGAGCAGAGUUUUUCCAUUGUUGUUAAGCGCGUUCGCAGUUUCGAUCCUCGGCCAGGAUGCAAAAACUGCGGUGUUUCCGCUCCCCGGAAAUGGCUCCGUUCUCGAAUCAUCGGCCAGAGUGGAAACUGCGCUUCGACAGGAUAUGACGCGUUCUUCCGAGCUUAUCGCGCGUCCCACCACCACCGCACCUGUCAAUAAUUUUCUCCUCGCGGCGCAAAGGCCCUACGUUCAUCUGAGGAGCGAUAACGUGCCGGCUUACGUGUACGAUCAUCCGCACUUCGGAUAUCCGGUGGCCCACUCGAUCGAUUAUCCGAUUGGCCCGUCCUCCAAGCAGCUUAUGAUAGUCAGUUUCAUAGGUUUGUUGCUGCUGUUCGCCGUUAUUCAGAACACGAUCGUGAACGUGAAACGGAGAGAGCUUCUGACGGAUGUGCUGUCGGCGAGGAGGAAAAGAGAGCUUUACGCUUCGUACAACUUUGAUUCCGCGACACCGGAACAGGAAGACGUGCUCGACGAGGAUGGCAGGGUGAGGUGCAUACAGAGGACCGUUUGCCUGGAGAAUCGAAAGCUCUUGAAGGCGUUCGGCGCAACCGGCAAGAUACUGGCCAAGUACUUAACACGAGGCGUGGAGAAAUCUCUGAAGCCCUCCUCCGGAUGGUCCCGUUUGGUUCGGGACGCGGGCGAGGCUGGGAUCCGUGGCGAGGACUGCGAGGUGCUUUACAGGGGUUGUGACGAGCAGCAAGUCCCUUCGAAGAAGGAUACAUAGAAUUGAAACUUAACACGAUGAUAACACGUUUAAAUUUGGAAAUAAAUUUGCUCGAUCGUGCGUUUUAUUCAUUAGAAUUGAUUUUGAAAAAGAAAAAUUAGGAAUUAUCGGCGGAAGAAAUAGAAAAAUCUAGGAUUCGACGAAUGAUUCGAAUAGUUCUAGUUUUUUCUCUUCAAAAUGUUUCGUAUAUUUCCUUUCCUCUUAAUGAAGAUUGUUUUCGUAAAAGAAAGAAAAAAAAAAUUGACAACGAACGCGGUAUUUAAAUUACUCUUUUCGAGUGGACGAAUCUAAUAAUAGAUGUAUCGGCUGAUUUUUUAUUUAAAAAAAGAGGGACAAGGAGAAAAGAUUGGAUCGAUCGAUCGGACGAAUAAAAAAGCGGGCGGUAUUAAUGACUUUUAAUUUUAAUUACAAUAUGCUGUGUUGUGUUUUUUUUUUUUGUUCUUUAUCUGCUACAAACAUCGACAUCUAGCCUGAACUAUUUUAGAUAGCAG